AUGGGUUUCGGAAUUCUCUUCAUCACUUCUUCGUAUGGAAUUAUACUUCCGGCUUUUGUGGGUUCCGGAAUUCUCUUCAUCGCUUCUUCGUAUGGAACUAUGCUUUCGGCUUUUGUGGGUUUCGGAAUUCUCUUCAUCGCUUCUUCGUAUGAAAUUAUACUUCCGGCUUUUGUGGGUUCCGGAAUUCUCUUCGUCGCUUCGUAUGGAACUAUGCUUCCGGCUUUUGUGA